GUGGAACUGACUCGAUACCUUUCCGUGCAGAGUAGUUUCACGGCGUGGUUCCUAAAAAAAUAUCUGUCCUCACCCCUUGAACACGAUGGACCUGGGCACCUCCACCGCCGGACCUCCUCCGUCGAACAAGAGGAGAAAUGUCUUUUCUCCCACAAAAAUUCAAGCCCUCAGUGACGACAUUAGUUCUGCGGUUUUCUCGUUCCUUGAUCUCGUCCAUCUAAUUCGCUGCACCGCCGUCUGCAAGUCAUGGAGACAAGUCAUUGAUAAAUCAAAGCUACUCCAAACUUUGUGUUACAAGCAAAGAGGGAUUUUUGGUGGAGAUUUUGACAUAUCUACCCCUUCAGAAGGAAUUUGGAGAAGACUUCAGGCCUUAGCUAUUAGUCAACAUCAGUCUUCUUUACGUGCAGGUUCUGUUGAUAUUUAUCAAUGGAGAGGUCAUUCUGAUGGGAUUGACAAAUGCAAAAUGAAGGUGGGACUACUCCUCACUGGUGGAAGUGGUAAGGUGAUGCGCCUAUGGUCUGUAGAAAGAUACAAAUGUCUGGCUGAGUAUGAUCUUCCACAUACAGGUUCUUUAAUUGACUUUGAUUUUGAUGAGAGCAAGGUUGUUGGAUUAGUUGGGAGUAACAUAUGUCUAUGGAGGCGCAAAGAGAAGAAAAAUAUAUUUUCUUCACAAGGUGUUCAAUUUCCUAGAGCUUCUUGCAUGUGCUAUGUAGAUCCAGAAGCUGUUGUUGGAUGUGAGGAUGGAAGAGCGCGUGUAUUUGAUAUGUAUGGAAGAAAAUGGGCUAGAAUCAUAAAGAUGCAUGAUGGACCUAUUACAUGCUUAUCUUUGAGUGAUGACCAUUUGCUUAUUGGUGGCUCCUCUUUUGGGCGUAUAUCUUUAUCAGAUCUUUCAUCUGAUCAACAAGUGGGAACACUCAAGACAAAUGAUUCUGCAGAUUUAAGCACUUUGUGUUACAACUCAAGUUCAAAAAUAUUAUUUGUUGGAUCAAGAGCAGGGAGAGCAUCUUCGUGGGACCUACGGAUGAUGAAACGAUUGUGGGAGGUGAGAGUGAGUCCAAAUGUCCUAACUUCAAUUCAACACAUGCGUGAUGACACAUCAAUAUUAGCAGUAGGAGGAAUAGAUGGUGUUUUACACCUUGUGGGCCCACAAAAUGGUGACAUUUUGUCAAGUUGUAUAAUGGAUGAAAGUAGUAGGAAAUUAUAUAGAUCACAAAAUCAUCAUCAAUCAAAGGUUACAAGAAAAAAAGGAAUAAGAGUUUUGGAAGAUGCACGGAUUGAUUUAAUGCCAAGAACUUCACGACCUUCAAUCAAUUGUUUGGCUGUUGGGAUGCAAAAAGUUGUCACUACACAUGCCGAUGGGUACAUUAGGGUUUGGAGAUUUGGUAAAUGAGAAAUGAAAUGAUUCAUUGUUGUUUUUAUAUUUUGAGAAUAUAUUAAUUAGCUUGAAUUGUAACAUUUAUGAUUAUUACUAAAUCUAGACGAUUAUAGAUAUAAUGAGUGUGGAUCGUAAUAGGUUAUAGUUUGUUGGAAAUGUUUGAUUAAUGUAUUUGAAGUUUAUUAAUAAAAAUAAAGGAUAUGAUUCUAGGGUUUAUAU